AUGGAAUCUGAAUCGCCGAACAAGGUCAUGGCUCGUGAUCUGGCCGACAUCAGCAACAUCUCAGCAUCACUGUCGGUGUCGAGGGAGCUGCCACCAUUCUCGCGGCUGGAGAUCUAUCAGAAGAUUACUGCUCUCCACCAUCACAUGAAUUCUCCCAGGACCCCCAAGACAGAUCGCACGCACUACAGGCCAAGGUCGAGCAGCAUAAGCAAGAAGGUGCAGGAGUUCAAGAGUCAGUUCCGUCCUCAGACCGUUGUUCACAGCCCCCGGAGGCCCCAGCAGAGUCCAGGGAGCCGCCAGGGCCAUGGCGAACUGGAUCCCGAGCUGCAGCUAAGCAUGGAGACGAAUCGCUUCAUCGAAGACUUGUCCGAGAGCCUGAGUGGUCUGCCGAUAGAGCACAGCCAGUUCCGGCUCGUUGAGCAAGAGCCGCAGAGUCCUUACACGCUACGGCCGGACAGCCCGGUGACUCAGGAGGCCAUGGCAAGGCUGGGGAUAGUACAUUCGGAAGUGGAGCCUCUGGAAUAUGAGAAGAUUUUGAGAGAUACCAAGUACAACGAGAAGAUUGCAGGCAUACGAUAUCAGUUCCUUGAAAAGAGCAGGCAGGCGCUUCUUGAAGACGUCAGGCAAGAGCGGGAGAGACUGUCGCUCCUGCGGAACAUCAUCGUUGGUAUGAAGGAACGGGAGCUCCGGGAGAUCUUCAAUCGCUUCGCUGCUGGGAGUGGAGCGCCGCAGGUCAUGAGCUCGAGGGAGAGGACUAUGGACUUCAACGAGUGGUGCGCGUGCUUGAAGGAGCUCAGCAUGCUGCCAGACAAGGUGUCGAUGGACCUGGCCAGGGAGAUCUUCACCUUCCAUGCCAACGAAGGGCGAGGAGAGCAGGUGGGUAACGCGAUAGACUUGGUGAAGUUCCGGGCGUGUUUAAAGGAGGCCAUUGACCAUGUCAAGAGGGAAGAGACGAUGAAGAAGCGGACGACCAUCGGGUACGGGAGGUCGAUCAAGGAGGAGCUCGAAAAGAAGAAGUCGGAGAUCGAGCACCUGAAGGGGAUAGAGCAGCGUAGGCUGGCGCGAGAGUUUGCGAUCGAGGUCAACACGAGGGACAAGAUUGCCCAGCUGUCGGAGAAGCUGACCUAUGCCGAUCAUGUGGUGAAGAAGCGCAUCGUCGAGUUCAGGCAGUCGCAGAGGGUGAAGCGGAUGGCGGAGAAGGAGAGGUUCGAAGAGCGGGUGAUGCAGAACAUGAAGAGGAAGGAGGAGCAGGAGGAGGCCCAGCGUCGAUACCAGAGGAACAAGGAGGAGAGAGAUGAGGAGCAAAGAGUGCUGAGGGAACAACAGAUGGAAGAGAGGAAGGUAGUCAAGGUAGAGCUCCUACAUCUCAAGUCCGCACACUUGCGGUCAAGACAGUUGAGGCACCAGCGAGCGGAGGAGCACAGGAGAAACGAGCUCGAGUCGCGACUGGCGGUGAAGAAGGAGCGGAACGAGUCGUUCCAGGAGCAGAAGAUGCUGCUGACCAGCCGGCGGCAGCGCAUGGCGAUGGAGUGGGCGUACAAGCACGGGCUGCUGAAGGAGGCGAAGGAAGAGUUCGCAUGGAAAGGCAAGUUCGUCAACAUUCCUCUCCCUCUCCAGGACUUCAAACUGAUCCAAAACUUCAACGCACCCAAGAUCCCAGUCUACCUUGAGGACCUGGACGAGGAGGCGGUGGAACUGCAGGCAGGAGAGACUAGGGAAGGGACGGUAGAGCAGGCGGGGUACCACGACUACAAGUUCUUCGUCUCCUCAGAAAUCCCCCGAUGCUCCGUACGGAUCUGCCUCAAGGCGAUCUCGGGGGAUCCGGACGUGUACGUGGGCAACGGGGCGUGCAGGAGGCCGAGGAAGGAGGAGGAGAAGUACACGUGGCACAAGUCAGACUGGGGGGACGACAAGAUGGUGCUGUACUACUGGGAGGAGACGUUCUCCCUGGGCUGGCUGUACAUCUCAGUGCGGGGGUCGAGGAUGGGAGGGGACGGGCGGUGCGACUACGAGCUGUCGGUGGAUGCGAAGCCCAUGCCGAGCAUGGAGAUCACGAUGAAGGGGCCGAGUAUGGGGGAAGGGGAAGGGUAG